GGCGGGGGGCGGCUCCAGGCGGGGCCCUGCCUCGCGCUCUCCGGCCAGGCGCGCCCCGCCGCCCCGGAGGAUGUGGUGGUCGUCCACGGGCGGAGGACCCCCGUCGGGAAGGCCAAGCGCGGGGCGCUCAAGGACACGACACCUGAUGAGCUUCUGGCUGCUGUCAUGACAGCUGUCCUGAAAGAUGUCCAACUGAAGCCUGAGGACCUGGGAGAUAUCUGUGUGGGGAAUGUUCUUCAACCUGGCGCUGGUGCACUCACAGCAAGAAUUGGACAGUUUCUAAGUGGCAUUCCGGCGACCGUUCCAUUAUCCUGUGUCAACAGGCAGUGUUCCUCUGGAUUGCAAGCAGUGAUCAAUAUAGCCGGAGGCAUCCGAAAUGGGUCUUACGACAUUGGCUUGGCUUGUGGAGUCGAAAGCAUGUCUCUGCGGAGCGUCGGCAACCCUGGGGACGUCAGCUCCCGUAUGAUGGAGAACAGCACUGCCAGAGAUUGCUUGAUCCCGAUGGGCAUAACUUCAGAGAACGUGGCGGAAAGAUUUGGUGUCUCCCGGCAAAAGCAAGAUGCCUUCGCACUGGCUUCCCAGCAAAAAGCAGCCCGAGCCCAGCAGAUGGGGUGGUUUAAAAACGAGAUCGUUCCCGUAACGACCACCAUCACGAACGACCAGGGCAAGGAGCAGACGGUCACGGUACUCCAGGACGAAGGGAUCCGGCCGGGCACCACGCUGGAAGGGCUGGCGAAGCUGAAGCCGGCCUUCAAAGAGGAUGGUACCACCACCGCUGGUAAUUCCAGCCAGGUGAGUGACGGUGCCGCUGCUGUUCUCCUGGCCAGACGCUCCCGAGCGUCCCAGAUGGGCCUUCCUGUCCUGGGCGUGCUGAGGUCUUACGCCGUGGUUGGAGUCCCACCCGACAUCAUGGGCAUCGGGCCAGCCUAUGCCAUUCCGGUUGCCCUGGAAAAGGCUGGUCUGACUGUGAAGGAUAUCGACAUCUUUGAAAUCAACGAAGCCUUUGCCAGUCAGGCCGUGUACUGCGUGGAGAAGCUGGGCAUCCCCCCGGAGAAGGUCAACCCCCUCGGUGGCGCCAUCGCCUUGGGGCACCCCCUGGGCUGCACCGGAGCUCGACAGGUCGUCACUCUGCUGAACGAGCUGAAGCGGAGGGGGAAGAGAGGCUACGGAGUGGUCUCCAUGUGCAUCGGGACCGGCAUGGGAGCGGCGGCGGUGUUUGAGUACCCGGGCAACUGACGUGCAGCGGCCUAACUCCUGGAGUGGCCUGCAGCCACCCGCCAGUGGUCCCGGUGCCCCGGCUUCAGGAACCCAUCCAAUGAAAAGAUGCUAAAAAGUACAGCCUGUGGGCGGAGCGCAUCCCACCCCACCCCCUUCUUGCACUGUCUUUCUGCUCUUGGUGAUUCAUGGCCCUGCCAGGCAGAGGCCCGGCCUCUGUCCAGCAUGGCGACCAAUCAGCUUGUGUCCUUGGUUCCCCGGAAGAAUCUCGUCCUGCGGGCUGUAACGUGUUAGGUGCCCUGUUUACGGUUGGUGAUGGGCAUACUGUGUCGGGCGUAGUGGUUAAAGUGUCGGAUGAGGGUCUGGGAAACGCAGGUUUGAAUCCCUACUCUGUCGUGGG